UUUGUUUCAUUUCGCAUUUGUCAGUUCUCGUGAAGUGUGUUUUGGGAUAAAUUGUAUAUUUUCGACGGGGAGAUACGCCUUUAUCUAAUAAUUAUUAGAUUUAAAAAAAAAGAACUUGCUCAUUCAAUUUAAAGCUACGAAGAUUAUUGAAUUUUCUUGUAGUUCGUUUGAUAUAAUAGUUUAACAAUAGUGGAGUUACUCUUAUACACUCGGCCUGGUUUGGCAAUUAUCGAGAUACCACUUGGUAUCUUUUGGUUUGCUUCGAAUUGAAAAGUACAUAUGUAUGUAUGUGUAGUAUAUGAAUUGACUAAGAAUUCGCUUUAUUGGAAAAUAUAUUGUACACAGAUCUUAAAAGACUCUUAAGUUGGUCAUAACACACUUAAACAAGGAAAAGUCUGCGCUUCGAUACAUCCAGCGGGUUCAAUGGAAUUCAAGAACUAAAAAGAAAAUGGCAAAAAGGAAGCGAUGCAGGAUGAUAGGCGAUUACCAGAAGAGAUGGUUUUUGGUUUCAAAAUAAAAGAUUUCUUUUACAAACAAACGCUUUCUUAUAAUGUUCUGCCGUCCAAAUUGGCAAUGGCGAAAUAAGGAAAUGAAAAUUAUGGCUAGAGCAAAAUGGAAGCGAAAAUAACAGUGAUAAGAAAUAAAAUAGACGUACAGUCCGAAGAAGAAGAAGAUAAAAAAGAUUUCAAUGCCAUUUGAGGAAUAAAUACUGAGCGAAAUAUCAUUAAGAUUAAGAAUCUAUUCAAUGUUCUUAUAAAUCCCCUUAACUGUAUGUAUUUACUUAUCUACGAGAUGAACAAAUACGUAAUCGUCUAAAAUUGUUGCAUUUUAAAAAACCGACAAUAAACUUGUACUAACAAGAAACACAAGAAAAAAGGGGCGAACAGAUUCAAUCAACUAAUAAAUAAACAUCGAAUAUUAAAUCGAAGAGAUCCUUGAAAAGUUACUAUUGGAGCUUGGUGAAAGCACGUUGGGCUUAAACAUCCGCACAUUGGUAGGUUUGUUGUAAAAAUUGGAUAAAAUAUAAAGGAAAUAGCAUAUAGUAUAAAUGAACUUGCUCUGCUGCUGCUGCGGUAACAUGGCGCCAAACACGAGAAUAACUCGCAAGUGGGAGUUAUUUGCUGGGCGUAAUAAAUUCUACUGCGAUGGAUUGCUGAUGUCCGCACCGCAUACGGGAGUUUUCUACCUAACUUGCAUACUGAUUACGGGCACCAGUGCGCUUUUCUUUGCAUUUGAUUGCCCGUUCCUUGCUACACGUAUAAAUCCUAUCAUUCCUAUUGUUGGUGCAGUGCUUUACUUCUUUACAAUGAGUUCCUUGCUACGAACAACCUUUACAGAUCCUGGUGUUAUACCCCGUGCUUCUCACGACGAGGCUGCCUAUAUAGAAAAGCAAAUUGAAGUGCCAAAUUCUCUGAACAGUCCUACAUACCGGCCUCCGCCACGCACGAAGGAGGUGCUUGUCAAGGGACAAACAGUGAAAUUAAAGUAUUGUUUUACUUGUAAGAUUUUCCGACCACCACGAGCGUCGCAUUGCAGUUUAUGCGACAAUUGUGUCGAUCGAUUUGAUCACCAUUGUCCUUGGGUUGGUAACUGCGUGGGGAAACGCAAUUAUCGCUUCUUUUACCUAUUUCUAGUCUCAUUAGCAUUUUUAGCUGUAUUUAUAUUUGCGUGCUCUGUUACACAUUUAGUGUUAUUGAUCAAGGCAGAACAAGAAGUAUUUGAGGUGAUAAAGAAGGCGCCAUUUACGGUGGUUGUUGUGUUCAUUUGCUUCUUUUCGAUUUGGUCAGUUAUUGGUCUGGCAGGAUUUCAUACCUAUCUGACCACCAGUGAUCAAACUACAAAUGAAGAUCUCAAAGGAUCUUUCUCGUCGAAGGGCGGACAGCGCUCAAUAAAUCCAUAUUCGCGAGGAAAUUUAUGUCUUAAUUGCUGUCAUAUACUCUGUGGUCCUAUGACACCAUCUUUGAUAGACCGACGCGGCAUAGCGACGGAUGAUUAUAUUUUGCAAAUGCAACAACAUACAAGUCCCCGCCAUCCGUUAAGCGAUGUAAUGAGUGCCUCUCAUGUUGGUACCAGCGGUAUGAUUACGGCACAACCAGUGAUUGGCGGUGCUGGUGGUGGUAUUAGCAUUGGAGGCAAUGACAUAAAGAAUCGCCUUUACGAUGAGUCCAAUCCCUCCUCGACAACAUUGGGCGUCAGUAAUGGCAUAUAUCGGCCGCGAAGUUAUGACAAUCUACAAAACGGAAACUCCAAUAGCCUUGCGCAUUUGGUAGACAACGAAAUCCCACUUUCUCAGAUCGACAUACCGCAAACACAAACUGCACAAAUGCAACGCCAAUUCCGGCACCAUAAAGAUCGUGCACAGUCCAACCUCUCGCCCGAUAGUAAUAAUAUUAUGAGCACCAUCGACUCUAACGAGGAUGUUAUAGAAAUUGUAGGCAAAACAGAGGUUGUAGCCGCUGUGGCAGCCAUCGCUGCUACAAAUCAUGCACGUGAACGCCAAAAUCGCUCAGGCAGCUAUAAUAAUUUAUUUUAUACAGAAAAUGGUGCCGUAAACGCCACAAAUAUCACGAAUAGCCCGGGAUUGUCCACGAGUGUUUCGGUAAUGGAACGUUUAGAUAAAGAAUCACCUGAUCUACCGCUGGAAAAAAGUAUAGCAAAUCUGUCGAUUAGUAUCGAUAUGAACGAUUCUAAAGAUUUUACGGAACGCACUCAACACGAUGCAUUAGGCGAAACAAAACAUACGCAUGUGUUGAAACAAUGCGCUCCAACGGAAAAUCUCUAUAGUAACGUUGCACAAAUGGCUGGGAAUGCGUUGAGUGUUGCACCACAGGAAAGUAGCACAAAUUUGCAUGUCUACUCAAAUUUAAUGGAUGAACAGAAGCAACACGAACUUUCCCUACAAAUGAGCCAACAACAGCAACACAAGCAUAAAACGCAGAAGAAUAGUACGCCAGCCAGUGUAUUGCUUUCGUCAGCUUUACUAAAUGACGAUCUAGACUUGGAUGAUCCAGUUAGUGCAUCAUUUGUGGCACAAGAAAAUCUAGAUACGAAAUUUCUAUCUGGUAAUGGAAAAGUGGGUGAUAGUUCAAUAAAUAAAUUGAAUCGUUUACGUAUGCUAAAUAGUACAACUAUGAUAAACACUGCACUCGAUUUGGAUAGCUUAGACGGCUCUAGCUUGGGCAAUAACUCACAGUCAUGCCUAGUGAAAGGAGCGCCACAGCUAUCGUAAAUUAAAAAAAAAGUAAUUCCCUGGAUAUAUGAUGUGUACAUUCAAAUGUAUAUAUACACGUAUGUUAAAAAUAAUUUAUGUAAGAUAAGAUCUAAGACCAUUCAAUGGAACUUGUGGCCGUUACAAACGAAUGUUACAAGUGCUUAAAUACUUAAAUGCAGACAAACAUUUGCCUCCGACACAUGCCAUAACACAACGCACAAAAUCUU